GUAAAAGUCGUUGUUCUAUCCGCAAUAGAAGAUAGCCACCACUUCACGGCGACAGUAGUAAUUGCGUUAUCAAACUCACCUCGAGGACUCGAAGGCCUAGUUGUGCGUUUAAAGCAGCAACACCCAACAUGGAGACCACUGGAAACAUGUCGCUAACCCUGAAUGGGUUAGACGAGUCGAUGCGACGCAUGCAAGGCUACGAGGUCACUCGGGCGCCAGAGGACGUUGGGAACUCCAUCCCGAACUUUAAGGAAGGCAUCUUCACCUACAAAGGGUCCCGCCAGGCGCCGUGGAAGUCUGAGCAGACACAUUCAUUCUCGCUGCCCAACGCGUACACGGCACGCGUUCUGAACGGGACCAUCGUGCACACGGGCGGUGCCACUGAGAUGGCCAUCACCACGCACCACACUGUGGAGCGGCCCAUGAUGCCGCCCGGCACCAUCCGGGGGUCAACCUGGGUCAAGCCCCAGUACAUCCCCACAGAUGACCCGGCCCUGGACGAGCUGCACGCUGUGGCUUACGUGGUGUCUCCCCAGCUGCCGGCGCUGAUGGACGCCUGCAACAGCUACCACCUGCACUCGGCAGACGGCUGGAUCACCACCGCGGGCUUCAUGACGGCGGCGCGGCGGGCGGGCCUCACGCUGUCGCGCGCCGAGUACCUGGCUCUGGAGCGCGCGCUCACCAAGGACACCAUGGGCCGCAUCAACUACCUGCAGCUGGAGGCGCUGGUGCAGGCGGUCACAGCGGCGGACCAGACCGGGGAGGGCGGGGCGGAGCCGGCGGCGGAGUGAAGGCGGUGGUAGGGGCAACCGGCCGCGGAGAUAAAAAAUGGGAGAUGUCGAGUAGGCGUGUGCGCCAGGACUGGGGAGGCGCGGCGUCGGACGAGUGUACAUAAGUGACUUGACGGGAUUGAUGUCUGGGUCGGGUUGGACAGUGAGCAGCACGGUGAUGGUCGAAGGACUAGAGACAUGUGAGGCGUAGAGACAAAGGCACAAGGUAGGUGCAUAGACACAAAGGCGUCAGUAGAGCGGGAGCGGGCACGACUCAGCAUUCAGGCGGCAGUUCAUUCGAUUGCCAUUGUGCCAUGACCGUUUUCGUGGCGACCUGGGCCCCAACGCGUGUGCCGCGUGUACGACAGUGUGGUGUGCUAUGGGACAGUGUUAAGGCAGGUUGGUGAAGUCCCCAAGGGUGCAGCUGGCUCCCAGACCCCAGCAGAUGGCAAGCAAUGUGCAACGGUAGUGCAGGAGUGCGCGGCUGGUCGAACGCCGGAGUUCCUGUACCGACAAGUUGCUGGCUGGCUGGAAGUUUGCUAACACGCAUUCCUCACGCUCCGGGCGCCCGGCCAGGCGAUAUGCCGAUAGCACCACAUAGACAC